UCUUAAUUAAAGAUAAGAAAUAUAAUAUUCAACAAACUAAACAAUAUUUUCCUCGCCUACCCAUCAAUUUGUUCCUUUUUUUGUUUUCAUAUUUCACCUUUUUGCUUUGGAAACAUCACUCUAAACCCAAUAAAUCUUACUUACUUCUGAGGUUCUCCAAAAAGUGUAUCAUGGACAUGGAGUUUUUGCAGUCUUUAGAUGGUCAGCUCCUCCUGGGUGGAGCUGUGGCUCUUCUCGCCAUUCUUUUUGGUGCUUCCUUCUUAUUUUCCUCCAAGAAGCCCAAAGGGUGCUUGGAUCCUGAGAAUUUUAAGGAGUUUAAGCUUGUCAAACGUGCGCAGCUGAGCCAUAAUGUGGCAAAAUUCACAUUUGCACUUCCUGCACCUACUUCAGUUUUGGGUCUCCCAAUUGGACAGCAUAUUAGCUGCAGGGGCAAAGAUAGUCAAGGUGAAGAGGUUAUUAAACCAUAUACCCCAACCACCUUAGAUUCUGAUGUUGGUCAUUUUGAAUUAGUUAUUAAGAUGUACCCACAAGGUAGGAUGUCUCACCAUUUCCGUGAGAUGCGUGUUGGUGAUUAUCUUGCUGUGAAGGGACCCAAGGGUCGAUUCAGGUACCAACCCGGCCAAGUUAGAGCAUUUGGGAUGAUAGCAGGAGGCUCUGGCAUUACUCCAAUGUUCCAAGUUGCUAGGGCCAUACUAGAGAACCCCAAAGACAAGACAAAGGUUCACCUCAUUUAUGCGAACGUUACAUAUGAGGACAUUCUUUUGAAGGAAGAAUUGGAUGGACUUGCUGCUCAGUACCCUGAUCGCUUCAAAUGUUAUUAUGUUUUGAAUCAGCCUCCUGAAUCCUGGGAUGGUGGUGUUGGCUUUGUUUCAAAGGAAAUGAUCCAAACCCAUUGCCCUGCUCCAGCAGCUGAUAUUCAGAUUCUGAGGUGUGGUCCACCACCCAUGAACAAAGCCAUGGCUGCUCACGUUGCUCUUGGAUAUGCACCAGAGAUGCAGUUCCAGUUCUAA